AUGGAGGGCAAAGGCCGCGUUCGAUAUGGAUCACAGAUGGGUUGGUUCAUGCCCCAUGGGUCGGGUCGGGAGCAGUACACGACGUUGGAAUGGGGGCAACGGCCGGACCUCGGACGGCAACACUGUGCCUCUCUAUGCAAGAAUGCGACGCACGCUACCCCGAGCUUUCUGAAACUCCAAGCCAGCAGAUGCCAGCUGCACGUCGCCAGCCUCGAGCCCGAACAUCCUCCCAACUCCCCUGCUAAGUACGCAAUAUCCGUACACGAAUCACUGUGUAUCCGUAGACUCGUAGAGUUCGCCUUUGUCUUCGGCAUGGGCGAGGAUAAUGGUUGUAUUGUUGGUCAGUCCUGGCAAGGCAAGCCCACGCUAGAACUAGGUCGAGGUCCGGGUCUGGGUCUUGAGAAGACGGCGACGAGCUAUCCCACCUCGCCUGAUCGUCCCGCUACCCUGGCCGACCUCAGUGCGUUCGGUCAGGAUGGGAAAGUUCAUGUUGACCGCUGUCGACCUCCCGCACGGCCGGACAUCACCCGCUUGUCUGGGAACUGUCGUCCAUCGCCCUCUCCCACCCGUAUCUGUACGGAGUACUUGCUACGGCGAGGAGAGGCCGUCGAGGUGAUGGAGAUCACGGUUCGGGGUCCCGGACUGGAGUUGAAGUCGGGCAAGCGACGAGGACGGAAGCAAGGCCUAAAUAGGAAGCUCCUCCGCUGGGUCGAAUGCCAUGAUACCAUCUGCAAAGCCCCUCCGUAAUCUUAAAUGUUUACCGUCUUCUGCAUUCUUGGUGGUAGCGGCAAACAAAAGAGGGGCAUCGGGAAGCUCUGGAAGAAUCAACGACGAUCAUUCUCCCCCUGACAGGCGCAUCCUGUCCCGCGCGGACAG